GUAAAGUUUCAAUUUUUGCUCUAAAAAAAAUACACGAGCAGAAUCAAAAGGCAAAACGUUUGACUGCACAAGUACCCUUACCUUCAUGUACCAGAUCCUUCUCGAAAACAAUGGGGCUACCUUGCGCACACUAUAUUCAACAUCUCGAAGAAAACCAGAGCUUAACGCUUAAUGAUAUUCAUAUGCAUUGGUGGAUCCAAGGUCACUCAUCAGUAUCGCAAGCCGGGGAAAAUGAUUUUUGUCGCGAAGAUACACUGCAACCGCUCUUGCAGGAUCUAUAA